AUGGUCCGCCGAAACAGGAAGGCAUCCAUGAGGUGGAACUACACAAACGUUUUAGUGAUUGAUGAGAUUUCAAUGAUUGAUGCUAAAUUGUUUGAGAAGCUUGAUUAUGUCGCUAGACAUAUUAGGAGAAAGAAAAAUGUUCCAUUUGGAGGAUUGCAACUCAUAGUGUGUGGGGACUUCUAUCAGCUACCUCCAGUGAGUAAGAUAGAGUACCAGGUCGAUGGAAGCGAACUUAAAGAGGAUGCUGCCUUCGCUUUUGAAAGUGAAUCUUGGAAUCAAGUAGUCCAAGCAAAAAUUAUCUUGAAGGAAGUCUUUCGGCAAAAGGGUGACCAGAAAUUUAUUGAUAUUUUGAAUGAUAUGAGGCACGGUGUUGUUACUCCUGCAGCAGAAGCUGAGUUUGCUCGUCUUUCUCGGCCUCUAAGCUGUCCUGCUGGGAUUGUACCCACGGAGUUAUAUGCGACACGUUAUGAGGUUGAUAGUGCGAACAAUAUGAAGUUAGCUCAGCUUCGGGGAUCCACACGGCUUUUUGAGUCAAAAGAUGGGGGCACGCUACCUUUGAAUAUAAGAUCAGCGAUGCUAAUGAAUUUUCUUGCACCACAGAAGCUCUUCUUGAAAUUAAAUGCUCAGGGUUUAUGUGCAUCAAAAACUUUGACGAUACAUUGGUGA